UGUGAUGUGUGUAUGGAGGCGGAGCUGAGGAACAGCUGGACUGUUUUAAGUAGUUUGCAUUCACUCCACACGAGCGGGACACGAGAGCACAAACCGAGACCUGAUUUCUUCUUCAAUGAUCAAACCUGACGGGAAAACAUCGAGAGAAACACGCGCUAGCGGUUUGUUGGACGUUUAAGGAGUUACGGUGAAUCAGUAGCGAUUUAUGUGAUUUGUCUUUGAUCACUCCGCGCUCUCUCUGUGGAUCUAACAAAGGUGAAGAGGACUGGACCAUCAAGGGGGGAAGGUGACAUACAGUGUCCACGGGUUCCCGAAAAUUAAAUACACGUGUAUGAUGUAUAAAAUGAGUAUAAAUGCAGAUUGAUGAGCGGAGGGACACCGGCUGGAGGUGGAGGUUUUCAGGAGUGCUUGUGACGAUCAAGUGUUGGAGAUGUCUCUGUGGAUGAUCUUACCCGUCAGUCUCCCAGCUCUCACCAUCACUGGAAUAUGGGUUGUGUAUGCCAUGGCCUUGUACAAUCAGCAUGUAUGUCCUGUGGACAACUGGAUGUAUAACCAGUCGUGCGAGGUGGAUCUGCCCUUGCAGAGGGGACAAAACCUAUGCUGUACUCUGGACAAUGUUCCUCUUAUAAGUAAAUGUGGGACUCUUCCUCCAGAGAGCUGCUUCUUUAGUCUCAUCUGUAGUACCGGAUCCUUUAUGGUGAUGGUAAUUGUGUUGCUGCGUUAUGCCCAUGUAAUCGAGAAGCACCAGAACUGUGUAUUAAACACAGCGAGUCUCUCUACUGGCUGGAUCUGUGCUGCUGGGCUCAUCAUGGUGGGCAACUUCCAGGUGGAUAACGCGAAGGUUCUUCAUUAUGUGGGAGCAGGUGUGGCCUUUCCCACCAGCAUGCUGUUUGUCUGUCUGCAGUCUGCGCUCACCUACCGCCUGGCCAAGACUCAGGGAGAUUACAAUAUUGGUCACUUGCGCCUGUUUAUGACCAUGCUGGCCUUUGUAGCCCUGGUGCUUAGCGGAGUGUUUUUCGUUCAGGAGAGUUUUGUCCUGCAACAUGCAUCUGCCAUUUUCGAGUGGGUCUUCUGUGUCAUAAUCAUGCUGUUUUACGGCACGUUCGCUUUUGAAUUCGCCGGGAUAUCCAGUGACACAAUGAUGGUGUUGGCCCGCGGGCGGUCGCUGCAGAUGGCGAGCCGAGACCACAAAAUAGAGUCGCUUACUGUAUCCAAUCAGCACCAGCCUGAGAGCUUGUCCAUACUGUAACCAAAGUGUCAAAGCAAGUCUCUAUCAACACUACAAUAAACGCAGAAGGAAAGAAACUGAACCCCAGCUUACUUUUGCCAAAGAAUCCAGCUCAGAUUUUGCACAUUUUCGAGAGACCAAAUCUACGCAACCUAUACCGUCCUACUUCCAUCUCUGGGGACCUUUUAAUCCAACAGCUUCCAUGCUGAAAAAACAAAGUUUAUUGGAUGCGUUGGAGUUUCGUUUAACCUCUUCCUGGAUUAAAAAAAGCAAAUACAGACUGCUGGUUGUUUAAAGCUAAAAGAGAAGACUGCGUCUGCAUCGAUGAUGAUGUGAACUAUACCAAAGCGUUCUGCACUCAACAACACUCAAGCAUUUUAACAGUGCCUCAAUACAAAUGUUAUCGUGCCAAUUCCAGACACUGCAAGACAAUGAAUCAAUAAUGCUGAUCUUAGUCUUUUGUAUUUUAUAAUGGAGCUAAAACUUCUCUUUAUGCAUCUCAGAUUUUCUAGUUGACUGAUAAAGGAGUUUUAUUUUUAAGUAUUCGCAUUAUGACAUCAGUGUUUUUGUUUAGAGAGUAACAAUACCAGCGUGCCUUACAAUGAAGAACCAAAUCCAGAUAUUUAAUAGAUUUAUACGUCCAUAGGCUCUAAAAACAGGCAGGUAUUUUAUCAUAUAUAUAUAUAUUAUAUAUUGUAAACAACAGCUAUGCUGAAUGAGAUCAGCAGAAACCUCACACAAAACAGAUGCAUAAGCUGAUCGCAUUAGGUCGGCACUAAUUGGUGCCAUUGCCGAAUUAAUGUUAGAAGAAGCUAAGAGUAUUGCUGUACAUUGUGACCAAAUGUAAUAGAGGAGGGAGUUGUUGUCCUGAGGUAAAUGUAAUCAUUGAAUUGUCAUGCGUGGAUUGAGAGGAUUCAUGGGAAAUGGUCACAAUAAUUUAGGAAGACUGAAAAGGCCUUUUAGAGUAAAAUCUAUAUAUAUUGUCGCCCCCUGGUGGUUAUUGUGAUAUUUUGUUCAGAAAUUGAUAUGCAGCUGGUCUGCAGUUUCGUAUUUGUUUAAACUAAAAAGGAGCUUGUUAAACAUUAGUCACACGGUUUGUGUGACGCUAAAAAACUUAGUGUUCCCCAUCAAGAGAGUUUGUGUCAUUUCAUUUGCCCGAAUAAGAGCCAUGUUAGUAUUUUCUAAUGCUACUGGUGCUGUUCUUAAAACGCAUUUCAUGGCAUUUUAGUUUACCAGUUAUUCUCUGCUCUCAGGAAUAUCAAAUAUCUUGCUGAUGCUCUUGCUGAUCAUGCAACAUUUACAUUUAUUUUCUCACGGCAUUAAACGUUUUACAUUUUCCAUUAAGAGCGUGUUCUUCAUGCAGCCAUUAACCUUCUGUUUUAUUUGCAGUAAUGGCAUUAUUUUUGAUGGCUACUGGGUUCAAGCCUCUUUGUCUGACAUACCUCAAAUAUGUUUCUCGCAUAUGGAAAAAAACUGUUUAGAAAUAAUAAUUUUUACUUGCCUUCAAACUCAUAUUGUUUUCUUUCUGUGACUGUCAAAAUGAAUCUUUAUGUAGCUCUCCGAGAGAAUGGGGCGUAUCACUUGUGUUCAUUGUAAUUGCAUAAGGAAGAGCUUGUUUGACAAUUUUUUGUUUCACAGAAAAAUUAACAGCACACAGGUUUGUAAUGAUAUGAGAGGUAGUAAAUACACUCUUAAAAAUAAAGAUCCUAAAAAGGGUUCUUUACAGUGAUGCCACAGAAGAACCAUUUUUGGUUCCUCAAAGGUUCUUAAAAGAACCAUUUCAUUUUUUUUACCUUUUUAUAGUCAUACAGUAAACCAUUUAGGAAGCUUUAUUUUUAAGAGUACACUAAUAGAAUGUAUAAGCCUAAACUGUUUAUUGAAAUUACUGCUGAAGGAUUCGAUUUUUCUGCAUAUUACCCAUUACCUAGAUUUGUGCUCUUCCAUGUUUACUUAAACCACCCGUCGGAGCUGUUGCUUAAACAUGGACUCUGACGGUUAGUUUUUACUUCAAACAGACUAGUAAUGAUCUAACAAAUAGCUGAAGUACUGCUGAAACCUCUUAAUGUCAUCUCUGCCAUGCAUCAGCGUUAAAUUACAUUCCAGACAGCAGAAAGUGCCGUAUUGUGCCUUUGUUUCUGUUAAUCCAAAGAUCUGACUUAAGGGAAACGUUUUGUUUAUUUGGCAGGAUAUGUUUGAUUGUACUGUAUAUUUGCCUUAACUAAAAUAUAUGGAAAUAAACAAUCACUCUCAUGCA